CACUAUUACACAGGCUGCACAGCAAUUAGCAAUUCCCAUACUAACCAGAGCCAUGUCAUCAUGCCAUCCAUGUCCAUCCUUCUGUAGUCUGUGGACCUCCGCCAUGUCAUCAAUCACACGCACCACAUCAUCGGGAAGAAUAUCUGGCCCCUCAACCUGCAGCAGUACAACAAUACUUACGUAUGUAGUGCACAGGGCGUUUGCUAGAAGUUCCGACCUGUUUCAAUGCUUCCAGUAUCACAGUGAACUCUAUAACUUCACCAUCAAUAAAAAGAUACUGCAGUCAAUAGAUUCACAGUAGCAUGUUCAUGAUUCGUAACUAAAGUUUGUAACUAAAAGUACCCAUAAUAUACAAAUGUGUGUUGAGUAGGAUGGUCAACAUAAUGUGGC